AUGAGUGCGCUUGUUGGCUACGAGACUAGCAGCGAAGAAGAAGAAGAAGAAGAAGAAGAAGAAACAGCUACCGCUGCUCCCAAGGCAGCUUCUACAGUAGAAACGUCUGCUGCGCCGACUAGCACGACCAUUGAGAGCAAUCUUUCAAAUGGUACGGACGUGAAUACUUCAGCGGCCCGUGUCUCUGAACCGGCUACUGUUGGACCCCUUCUUGGACCGAGUGCUCCUCUAAAUGGUGACAUGAUCAAUGCAGAAUCACCGACACAGGCAUUCGAGGAUAUGUCGGAGCGUGAUACUAUUCGACAUCUGACUCAAGCUUCUAUACCUAUGACCUCGAUACCUCCUUCACCGCCUGGCUCGCCUGAUCCAGCAGCGAAUGCAAAGUUCGCUCGCUUCCUAGGAUUGAAGGCUAAAGGUGUGCAUUUCAAUGAAGACCUCGCCAAGAAAUCAAGUUUUCUCAAUCCUGCCUUGCUGGCUGCCAUGAUGGCUCGUGCCGGUAUCGACGAGGCAGAUCAAUACAACACUUCUCUGCCGCUCGACCUGUGGAGUCCAAAGGGUUUCCCGGAGUGGGCUUACAAGGAGGAACUUCAUAAGGCUCAGCAGGCAAUCAGGGACAAGGAAGUGGCAGAAAAGAAGGCUUUGUCUGCUGCUGGCAAACGCGCGAUUGAAUUUGCCCCGUCCGGUGGGAACUCUGGUGAUUCCAGCAGCAGAUCCACCCCCAGCUACCAGAAGAAGCGAAGAAGACCUUGA